GACGAAGCAUGGACCUCCUUCAGAGACAGUUGAGUAAUGUUUCGCUCUCAGGCGAUGAAGAUUUCCUCUCCAAUUUACGAGAUGAAGAUGUACCUAAGCUUCUUUUCCUCUCAGUUGACCCGAACAGAAGGACAGCAUUGUCUGGAGCGAAUGACACUUUCGGGGCAUCUCCGGGCAUGGGAGGCAUUUUUACUGAUUCUGAAGCUCCGUCGAACUUAAGAUUACUUGAGAAAUUCAAGAGGUGUUUGGUUGAGAGAAAGAUCACGCCUUUGAGACGCGAGUUACGGUGCCGUCUGCUGUCCCUCUCCUGCGUGAAGCCAGUCUCGAACUCCCUCAGUACCCUCGAGAGCAACUUCUCCGACGAGAAUAAUGAGCUUAACGACGGCGAGGAGGACAUCCUACGAUUCACUGAGCUCCUUGAGAUGUUCCGUUUGCCAGUGCCGAAGGACAUCAGAGAUAUCUUUGAUAACAUUAUCUCGUCCAAGAAAAUACCUUUGACGAUGAAUCCCGAGAAGAGUGAGGAGCGUACGUUCUUCGUGGAGGCGGGGAGCAAGGUCAUGGUGGAAAUAGGGGAUAGUCUCUCGCCUUCGGAUGUGUUCAACCUCUACGGGAUUCUGUCUGGCACGGCUAGGGGCGACGAGAAGGCAAAGGAACUCUUGUCCCCGGAGCUGGAGCAGGGUUCCCUCGAGAAGGUGCCGGGGUUGAAGGACGUGGCGUUCUAUUACCUCGUCCUUGAGAUGCUGAGGAAGGAAAUGAUGAACCACUUGUACACGCAUAAACUUCACUUUCUGUUUGACCAACUGAAGGCGAUGAAGUACGGAGAGGGAGCCGAAGACCCACAUAUCGACGACAUUCUGAACACCCUCGGUCGAUACCCCAUUACCUCGAGACCCCCGGGUCUGUGCCUCGUGUUUAUCAUGACGGAAGGCCGAAGCGGGGCGUCGCGGGACCUCGCGAAGGUCAGGGAGUUAUUUGAGAAGCAGUACAAGUACGCCUUCUUCGUGAAAAAUGACCCCACGGCCGAGGAGAUCAAAACAAUCAUCUCCAAACUGAAGGCAGGCAGAUAUAAAUUCUACGACAGCCUGGUGGUGUGGUUCAUGGGUCACGGAGACAAGACCUACCUGCACGUGAAGGGGGGACGCAUCCACCGCCGCCUGGACCUGAUCGAACCGUUCACAGAGAUCCAGUGGUACAUCAAGAAACCCAAACUCUUCUUCAUCCAAGCUUGUGCUAUCAAGAAGGACCGCAGGAGAUUCUCGUCUACUUCUCAAGUAAAGGCCCUCCAUGCUAACACAGACUCCCUCUCUGUCACGUGGCGGGCGUCCGCUGGCUCUGAAUGGCAAGACAAGUAUGCAGACUACACCGACAUGUCUAUGGUUAAUUCCUUUGCAGACACGCUCAUUGCAUAUGCGACGAUGUGGUACCAGUAUGCCACCAGAGGAGAUGACGGUUCCCUUUACGUAGACACAUUGGUGGAUCAGCUACGGCAAAAUGGUCACAAGGAGAGUAUCGAAAACGUCCUGCAACGAGUACACUAUAACGUCAACAUGGUUACCCUCCUGUACAAUGAAGAAGGGCAAGACAUCAAGUGGAAGCAGGCACCUUUCUUUGAGUCCUCCCUUCAAAAGGUCUUCAUUUUCCCUAAACCAGGGGAGUAGAGGGAGAAAGAUGGUGAUCAGCUGAGUCCUUGUUACAAGAAGUAUAUCAACUGGUAUUAUUUUUAUUGUUUGUGUUUGUUAUGAUUUGUUUUUAAUGAAGUGUUUGAUUUGUUUGUUAAUAAACGUUUGAUUUUAUUUUAUUUUUAUGAAGGGUUUAAAAUAUUUGUUAUGAAUUGCUUAAUUUAUGAGUUGGGAACUGGUUACGUUAUCUGGUAUGUACUAUCUAUGAAAUUUCUUACUCAGUUGUACAUACUUAUUUGUUCCUGGUUGAUUAUGCCAAAGACUUUAAUUUAAGAUUUUAAUUACAGUCAUAUAUAUAUAUAUAUAUAUAUAUAUAAAU